AUGAGAAGUUUUGUGUCAGGAACAGUCACAGCGUUGGUCGAGAUCUCUGGUUCUAGAAAGGCCAGGAAGGUCUUGCGUCAAUGCGAGAUGGUGCGAGAAUCAUUUUACAACACCGUGUCUAUGAUCUUGACUCAUUUUCAAUAUUCUCCGCAAUCUGAGACCGAGCCCGAACUUCCUUCUGAAGAGUAUAUCAAGAGAGGUUUUGUGAAAGCAUUUAAACACCUCAAGGAUAUCUCGAGAGAGAACACAGAAAUCGAAAUUGCGAGUGUUCGCAUAGUACUCGUCCCAGACUUUUUCGAUCUCCGCAUUCGAAUGCUUGUAAACGAUGCAGCUGAGGCAGCCGGAGUGAGUCCGAAUGGUGUCAUGAUCACAAGUCCACAAGAUAUGAUCAAGGUUUAUCCGGGAUGUCUGGAUGACGAAAUCACCAAAAUGCCCAUAUUAGAUCCGGUACGGACGGAGGAAACAGUUAUGAUAGUGGACUACGGAAUGACGUAUCUUCAUCUUCACACACAGAGCAAAAGGUGUCAAAUGAAAAUUGCUUUGGAUUCAUACAGCUGCUCUCGCGUUGCAAUUCUCCUCUUCUACAGGGUUAUGUCCCUUGGUGGGCCUUUGAGCAGACAAAUUGAGCAGGGAGCAUCAAAACCCCAACUGUUUGAAGCUCUUUGGCGAGCUAAAUUUGCAAUGGAACAGACGACCGAGACUUCUUGGGUUGCUGACAGUCAAGAUCAUUAUGAAGAAUGGCCACUUGAUCUCCAAAACUGGUGGAUUGACGAAGAGGAGGGUGCUGUUCUGCGCCGGGAAGAUAUGCAAGCCAUUGAAGAUGAAUACAUUGAUGAGUUGGCGGAAUACUUGGACCAGGCUUUGGAUUGCCUACAAGGUGAGGGAAAGUCCAGAUCUUUCUUGUUUUACGGAAUGAGAGAAGAAGAGGAAUAA